CUAAAAUGAUUUUUGAUUAUUUAUUUAAGUUUCAUUUACAAGACUGCACCAAUAUAUUAUCUGAACUAGAUAACCUGGGAUAUUAUAAUAUUAAAAUCGAUUUCAUGAAAUUAUUUGAAACAUAUCCUGAUGUUGGGGACAAAGUUCUUUGUAGCCCUGUACAAAGUCUUCCAAUAUGCAAUCAUGAUAUCAUAAAAGCUCAACAAACUAUUCUAGAAAGUGAAGAAUACAAGACCUUAAUCAGUCAACUAAGAUAUAAGUUUUUGAAAAGAAAUGUACAAGCAAGAUUUUUUGGUUUACCUGUUUGUCCUGAACUACAUCGUACGGUUUUUCCGAAGAAUGUUGACAUGGGAUGUUUUUUAAAAGUGUCAGGGACAGUUGUAAGAGUAACUCAAACUAAAAUGUUGGAAUACCAACGGAAGUAUGUAUGCAUGAAGUGUAAGUUUGAGAACUGUGUUGAAGCAGAUUUUGAGAACCGCUAUAUAUUAAGAGGUCCAUCUAAAUGUGGAAAUAAUGACAUGAGAUGCAAAUGUUCAACAUUCACUCAAGUAAAUCUUGUAUCAAGAGAACAUUGUAGGGAUUAUCAGGAAAUUAAAAUACAGGAACAAGUCAAUAAGCUUAGUAUUGGUACAAUACCAGGAUCAAUGUGGGUAGUAUUAGAAGAUGAUCUAGUGGAUACUUGUAAACCUGGUGAUGAUGUUAAUAUUUGUGGCACAAUUCGUCGUCGCUGGCGUCCUUCAGUACAAAAUAAAAAAUCAGAAGUAGAAUUAGUGAUGCAGGCUAAUUAUUUAGAAGUUAGCAAUGCUCAGAGAUCUGAAGUUAUAGCCUCUGCGCCUGAUGUUAAGGAUUGCUUUAAUGAGUUUUGGAGUAAAUUCGAGGCAUGUCCAUUGAAAGGUAGAGACCAGAUUUUAGCUUCGGUAUGUCCACAGGUCUAUGGUCUGCAUUUAGUCAAACUCGCUGUUAUCCUGACUGUUAUUACUGGAUCAAAUCACGCCUUUGAAGAUGACACUAACAAAGAAUUAAAAGAAGACAAAUAUGCAAUGCAUGUUAGAGGACAAUGUCAUUUGCUCUUAGUUGGUGAUCCAGGUACAGGUAAGUCUCAGUUAUUACGUGCAGGUGCGGAACUAACACCGCGCUCUGUGUUCACAUCGGGGGCGGGAAGUACACGCGCUGGACUCACUUGUGCCGCUUUAAGAGAAGAUGGUGAAUGGCAGCUAGAAGCGGGGGCUCUCGUGUUAUCUGAUGGCGGAGUCUGCUGCAUAGAUGAGAUAUCACAUUUGAGGGAGCACGACAGGACUGCCAUACACGAAGCUAUGGAGCAGCAAACUAUCUCUAUUGCUAAGGCAGGUAUUGUGUGCAAAUUGAAUACUCGUUGUGCUGUGAUAGCGGCUUGUAACCCCAAGGGGCAUUAUCAGACUGAUGAGCCGCUCAGUGCCAAUGUCUCACUUGGAACACCCUUAUUGAGCAGAUUUGAUUUAAUAUUCAUAUUGCUUGAUUCUAAAAACAAAUCCUGGGAUAAGUUGGUGUCAUCCUACAUUUUACACGGAGCGGCAAGCGCUAAGCAAUCCAAAACAAAAUGGACGAUUGAAAAGUUACAGAUGUAUAUCGGUUUAGUUGGGCCGAGAUGUACAGAAAUGACAAAAUCUGCAAACGCUAUUCUUCAAUCAUAUUAUAUGUUACAAAGGAAAUCACAGAACAGAGAUCCCUCAAGAACUACAGUUAGAAUGCUUGACAGUUUAGUAAGAUUAUCACAAGCCCAUUGUCGUCUAAUGUAUCGGACAACAAUAUUAACAGUUGAUGCAAUAAUGGCAGUUUCUUUAGUCGAUUUAUCAAUGCAAGAUUGUACACUAAACGAUACAAUGGAUGCCUUGCAUUCUACAUUCCAAAAAUAUCCAGAUUUCGAUUAUCUUUGUAAAGCAAGAAUGUUGUUGGAACGCUUAAAUUUAAACCAAUUAUGGAAAGAAGAAUUACUUUAUUACGCAAAGUUGUUACAAACUGAUCAUAAAACUUUAGAGACUGAUAUAGAAAGAGGUAGUACUAAAUUAUUCACAAAAUAUGAUGAACUGGCAGAUGAUAAUAUUCCACUAUCAUGUUCAUUAAUAACUAGUACAUAUUUUAAAAAAGAUGAGAAACUAAAUCACAGUAACUCUAAAAAAGAAAAUCUUAAUACAGGAAAACAAGGGAUUAAUGACAGAUUAGCUGCAACAUUAAAAAAACAUUCUACAUUAAAUAAAGUUGACGAUAAAUUACCAGAUCCAAGAAAGAAAAUGACCCGAAAAAGGAAACUGAAAGAAAUAACUGCAGAUGUUAGUGCAAUUAUGAAAAAUAAACCGAAAUUCUCAAAAAAGAACAAAAUAGAAUCUGAUAGCGAUGAAAAUAAUGAUUCAACAGCAACGCUAAAUGCUGUCCCAAGUGUUAAUGAUAUUUUUAAUGAUUUAGAUAUUGAUUUAAUUAAUGAUAAUGAAUCAAAUACAAUUGAAACCGAAGAUAACAUUGAAAAAGAUUCUGAACAAGAUAAAAGAUAUUUCAAUAAGGCAAAUGAAUCAACUAAUAUUGAAAAUAAACCUAGUAGUAAAACAUUGAAUUUCCUAAAACAAUUUGAAUAUGUUAAGAAAGAAGAUCCAAACAAAUCUGAAGAAAAUAUUAAAGAUAACGAAAUAAUUUUACUAAACAGCAUUAAAAAGGAACCAAAUGAGAGUGUUAAUAAAAGUUUUAAUAAACCUACUUCUAGUUCCCAAAUAUCUAUAUUUGAGAGCACAGAUUGUGAUAUUGAUUUGGACAUUUGAUAAAUUAAAACUUGAAAGCAAACU